AUGGCAGAAGCAAAAGCGUGUUAUGUUGAAGAGGUAUUUAAUCCUAAUGAGAUCUGGAAAACGGGCUCCAUUUUGACCAAAUACGCCCCCCUAUUGUUUCUGCAAAUUGCUUUCAAUAUCUUCAUCUGCAACAUCUUUCACUACAUUCUUAGACCUCUUCAUCAACCUCGUCUUAUCGCUGAGGUUCUUGCCGGUAUGUGUCUGGGUCUUUUCUCAGCUACAGACAACAUAAUGGUUCGUUUGCUCCUACCUUCGGAAGGAGUCAUCAACCUUGAAACAUACGCAGCUAUGGGCAUCAUGUGUUAUUGCUUCCUUAGUGGAUUGGAAAUGAAUUUAGAUGACAUUCUCAAAAUACAAAAGAAGAAAGCCGGAAGCAUUUCCAUUGCCAUUUCUGGUAUCAUCAUCCCAAUGUUGAUGGGAUUGGGCUUCUAUGCUCUAAUAGAAAAACUUUACCAAGAGCCGUCAAUUUUGAUAUUUAGAGCGGAUAAUCAAUUCAAAGCUAAAGCUUAUUUGUUCUGGAGUUUAGCCCUAACCAUUACGAGUUUUCCUGUGCUUGCUCGUAUUCUUGCUGAUCUCAAACUCCUUUACACCGGCCUAGGCAAAGCCACCUUAACGACAGCCAUGAUUAGCGACACCUAUGGUUGGCUUUUACUCAUAAUAUUAAUCCCAUUUGCAAAUAACGAUGUGCAGGCCUUUUGGUCGGUGUUGGGUACGAUAAUGUUCAUCGCUUUCUGCAUCUUCGUAUUGCGCCCUGUCAUGACGAAAUACAUUGAGGGGAGCAAGAAUGAAGAAGAAGAUACAUGGGAUAAUUCUUUGUUGCUGGUGGUGUUGAUGGGGACUUUUGCUUGUUCGUUUGUUACAGAUGUACUUGGUACGCAUUCUAUUGUCGGGGCUUUUGUGUACGGACUGGUUUUACCUCAUGGGAGGUUCGCUGAUUUUGUGAUGAGGAAGUUGGAUGAUUUUGUUUCUGUGGCUAUGUCACCUGUCUUCUUCUUCCGUUCUGGCUUAACCGUUAACUUCUUCAUGCUUGCCCAGCAAAAAUAUUGGCCUUGUAUGGUCCUAAUUAUGUUCUUGCUAUCCAUCCCAAAAGUUGUAAGCACUUUGAUAGCCACCUUUUUCUUCGGUGUGCCCAUUCGAGAUGGUGUGGGUAUUGGACUCCUCCUCAACUCUAAAGGCGUCUUGGCCAUCAUAAUUCUAAACACGGCUUGGGAUAGAAAGAUUUUGUCCGUGGUAGCAUUUUCAAUUAUGGUGUGUGCAGUUCUCAUGAUGACAAUCUUGGUGCCUCUUUUGGUUAAUGCAAUAUAUAAACCAAGAAAAAGAUACGAGAAUGUCAGGUUAAGGACCAUUGAAAAGUUAAGGAUGGACUCGGAGGUCCGAGUUAUAUCUUAUGUACUCAAUAUUCGGCAAGCUACAAGCAUGGUGAACGUCCUAAGAGCAUUUAAUGCUACCAGAAUUUCUCCAUUACACGUGUUCGGAGUUCAUCUUGUUGAACUCAUUGGACGAGCUACUGCACUUUUUGCUUCCCAAAUAAAGCGGAACCCUGCAAAUAAUUCUGAACUGCAAAACCUUUCCCAUUCACAAUUAUUGUCAGAGAACAUUAGCACCAUCUUUAAGACUCUAGCAGAGGCAUGUGCUGCAGUUAGAGUCCAAACUCUUGAUGUUGUUUCAAACUAUGAAACCAUCCACCGGGACAUACAAGACUUGGCAGAGCAAAAACGAACAGCUUUAAUUCUCAUGCCUUUUCACAAAGAACUAGACGUAAAUGGUGAUCUGGAGACAAGUAAUGAUGAUGAAGUAUGCAGGAACAUAAACCAGAAUGUUCUGCAAGAUGCACCUUGCUCUGUGGCAAUCUUUGUGGAUCGUGGUCUUGGGUCAUUGUCCAGAAUCAACUUACACAUUAUGAUGAUCUUCAUCGGAGGGCCUGAUGAUCGUGAAGCCUUAGCCAUUGCUUGGAGAAUGGCCAGGCAUCCGGGAAAUAAGCUCUCAACGAUACGAAUUCUUUUGUCUGGUGAGGCUGCAGCAAAAGCAGAAACAUCAAACCACGAUGAAAUUCAAUGGCUAUCUUCCGCAGCAGAAGAUGAAGAAAGCCAAAAGUUGCUAGAUGAAGAGUGUAUAGAAUCGUUCAGAUUCAAAGGGGUUUAUAACAAUGAUUCUAUAACAUACUCAGAGGAGGAAGUACACAACAGUGAGGAAUUCAUGUCACUUCUCCAUGAAUUAGAUAAAGACGACUGUGAUUUGUACAUUAUUGGACGAGGGAGGGGUGGGAACUCGGUGAUGUUUUUAAAUUUCAUGGAAUGGUGUGAUAACCCAGAACUUGGAGUUAUAGGGGACAUAGUGACAUCAAAGUCUUUCGGUUCUCGAUCCUCCUUGCUUUCUGUCCAGCAAUUUGGAUCUAGAGUUAUGAUGUUUGGGGAUAGAGAUGUCCCCACAAAGACUGAUGGAGGAGGAUCUGAGCCUUUUGUAAACACACUAUAA